AUGUCCAAACAAACCAGCUCUCCAAAUUCUUCAUUUGAGCAUUUGGAUCUUCUUUCAUUCUUGAAAUCUGGGCGAACCACGCCGUUCCAUAUAUUCAUCGAUUUCGUCAUCCCGCAGUUUCUAGGCCAAUUAUCCAAGAGAAAGCAACACCUUCUUAAUUCUACCCAAAAGGAGGACAGUGGCCUACAAGAAAGGUUUGACAAAAUCGAGAAGAAACUCAGUGACAUGGAAAAUGCCUGUGGGACACUAAAGGAAUGGGAAGACAAAGUCAACAAAGAGUUCAAAGAUUUGAUUCUCAAAAAUUUGGACGAUGCCUUCAAAGAAAGAACAGAAGCACUAGAAAAUUGCAGAGGAAUCGAAAUCCUUGAAGAAAGGCUUGAAGGAGCCUGGAAUGUUGUCUCAAUGUUAACCAACGGAUUCUCUUCAGGUAAUUUGGAGUCUAGAAGCGUCAAACCUUCCCGCUUCGCUAAGAAGUUAAAGCUAGACUUCCGAAAUAUGAUCGCUGAGAGCUCGAUUCUCAAGGAGAUUCAGGUGGUCUACGAUGGUCUAGAAGAUGAAUCGAAGCGGAGCUGUUUGCUCUGUUUUUCAGUGUUCCCUCAGAACGUGGUCAUUAAGAGGAAAGCAUUGGUCCACUGGUGGGUCGGCGAGAAGUUGUUAUCCUCCCAGACUUGUGGAGAUAAGACUGACGAGGAGAAGGGCAACAAUUUGUUCGCAGAAUUUAUCGCCAAAGGCAUCAUUGAGAGCGUUUCCAAAAAGCGCAGACCAAGCUCAGCACUUUGCAAAAUGCACCCGUUAAUUCGGUACGCUGUGAUUCAGCUUGCAGAAACAAACAACUUCAUUCGCUUUCACACAAAUGGAAAUCCAACUGCAGAUUUCUCUGACAAGAAGAAUAAGAGGGGUUUCCUAGUAACAACUGAAGAAGGAUCUUCAGAACUUCGGGAGUUGACUUAUGGCUUCCGUCUGAAGCAGGAGAAUGUUGGAACUCUGUUUAACGUAAAUGAGCCUUAUGUCGAUUUAAGAGAGCACAGUCUGUCAGAGAUGACGAAUAUGAGAGUUCUUCAAUUGGGUAGAUUUCAGGACCAGGUUAAGCAAGCUGACGCUGUCAAAGUAUUUGAUACCGAGUUCUUGAAAGGUUUGAAGAAAAUGAAACAUCUUAGAUACUUGAGCCUCAGGGGAAUCACUAGAGUUAGGGAGCUUCCUGAUUCAAUUUGCAAACUCACCAAGCUAAUAAUCGUGGACCUCCAUGACUGUCAAUAUUUAGAGAAACUUCCAGAAGGGAUAGGCUCACUGACAAACCUGACACGGUUAGACAUGUCUGGGUGUAACUUCAUUAGACACAUGCCUGUUGGACUUGCCAAGCUCUUAAAACUCCAAGUCCUUCAUGGGUUUUGGAUUGGGACACAAGCUGCAUUGCACGACGGCCAGGAUUUCUGCAAGCUGGCUACUUUGGCUCGGAAGCUGAAAUGUUUGACGAAGUUGAGCAUAAAUGUAGACGAAAGGUGUACGGACAAAGGACUCCUAGCGAAAGAGCUAAAUUCUUUAUCCGAAUUUGAAAGCCUCGCGUCGUUAUCAGUAGCAUGGUCAGAUAUUCACAAAAACGACGGCGAGGGUGGCCGUUCCGAAGAAAAAGUGAAUGGACCAACGACGCCCGGUGACAAACAGACGACGUCCCAUAGCAAGCAGACGACGUCCGACGGCAGGGAGAUGACGUCCGUCGACAAGCAGAUGACGUCCGGUGGCGAAAACACUACCAAGCCCCCGGAUUCUACAUCGCGUUCUGCUUCUUUAGCGAAACUGGAGCUUCAGUUUUAUCCUGAUCCUGAGAUGCCUGAUUGGGUGAAGCUCUUCAACCUGGAGAAGCUGAAGAAGCUCUAUGUAAGAGGAGGAAAGCUAUCUAAACUGGAGGAGCUAGUGGGAUGCAAGAAGUGGAAGGUUAGCAUUCUCCGCUUGGAGUUGUUGAGUGAAUUACAGAUGGAUUGGGGGAAACUGCAAGCACUGUUUCCACAGUUGAGGUACGUGCAGAAAAUCAAAUGUCCUAAACUCAUUUUGUUCCCCUGUGACGAGAAUGGAGAGUGGGUAAGCGGGGAAUCAGAUACAGGAGAAAUUUCAGAAGAAAAACCAGACUCUUCUUCUUCUCCUCCUAAAGGUGGCAUUAAUUAUCUCAAAUCUAUUUGUAAUUUCAUUACGUUUAGGAGGAUACAAUGA